UUGAAUCUAUGGCAGUGCAUUUUCUUCUGAUGCUUUUUGCAGUUUCUGCUGUUGCACUUGAUGAAGAAUUUUUUAUUGGAGUAAAUAUUGGAACAGAUCUCUCAGAUAUGCCACACCCUACUCAAGUAGUAGCUUUACUUAAAGCCCAGCAAAUUCGACAUGUUAGAUUGUAUGAUGCUGACCAAGCUAUGCUCAUUGCACUUGCAAAGACAGGCAUUCAAGUUGUUAUAACUGUCCCUAAUGAAGAGCUCCUAGCAAUUGGUCAAUCAAAUUCCACAGCUGCCAACUGGGUUUUCCGCAAUGUGGUAGCACAUUAUCCAGCCACCAAUAUCACAGCCAUUUGUGUUGGUUCUGAGGUUUUAACUACCCUCCCUAAUGCAGCAAAAGUACUUGUCAACGCUCUUAAGUACAUUCAUUCAGCCCUUGUGGCAUCUAAUCUUGAUCGCCAAGUUAAAGUUUCAACACCCCUUUCCUCUUCCAUCAUCCUUGAUUCAUUUCCACCUUCCCAGGCUUUCUUCAACCGCUCGCUGAAUCCAGUUUUGGUCCCAAUACUUGAUUUCCUGCAAUCUACUGGCUCUUAUCUCAUGCUCAAUAUAUACCCUUACUAUGAUUACAUGCAAUCAAAUGGUGUAAUUCCAUUAGAUUAUGCACUUUUCAAGCCUCUCCCUCCAAACAAAGAAGCUGUUGAUUCCAAUACCCUUCUCCAUUACUCCAAUGUAUUUGAUGCUAUGGUUGAUGCAGCGUACUUCGCCAUGGCUUUUCUAAAUUACACUAACAUUCCUGUAGUAGUAACAGAGUCAGGAUGGCCCUCAAAAGGUGAUUCUAACGAGCCUGAUGCAACUGUAGACAAUGCUAAUACUUACAACAGCAAUUUGAUCAAGCAUGUGCUGAAUAAAACUGGAACUCCCAAUCAUCCUGGAAUUGCUGUUAGUACAUACAUCUAUGAGCUCUACAACGAGGAUAUGAAGACGGGGCCAUUGUCAGAGAAGAACUGGGGACUGUUUGAUGCAAAUGGGGCACCUAUUUACAUUUUACACUUAACAGGAUCAGGAGCAGUCUUAGCUAAUGAUACCAGCAAUCAAACUUUCUGCAUUGCAAAGGAUGGUGCUGACCCAAAGAUGCUGCAGGCUGCACUAGAUUGGGCAUGUGGACCUGGCAAGGUGGAAUGCUCUACAAUGUUGCAAGGGCAACCAUGCUAUGAACCAGACAAUGUGAUUGCACAUGCAAAUUAUGCUUUUGACAGUUACUAUCAGAAGAUGGGAAGGACUCCUGAUUCAUGUGAUUUCAAUGGAGUGGCUACAAUCUCCACCUCCGAUCCAAGCCAUGGUUCUUGUGUUUUUCCUGGAAGUCUUGGCAAAAAUGGCACCUUUGGUAACUUCACAGCUCCAUCAAUGAAUUCUACUAAUUCAGAUUCUUCAGCCUACAGCCUCCGCAGCUGUGAAUUGAGAGUUAGAAACCUUCUAAUGAUGACAGGAUUUCUAAUAUGGGGAGUGGUUUUGCUAUAAAGUGGUAUAUGUUGGAACAUGUGUUGCUCAUUCAAAAUUUUUGUGGGAGAUGAUAAUGCUACGUAUUCGUUUUGGUUGCAUUAUGUUGUUCACAUUGGUCCAUUCAAUUUUGUACAAAAACCAUCUAAAGGUUUGGACUGAAUGA